GAGAAAUUAAAUCUACUCCUAUCGAUCUUUCAAUCUCGGAAGGGUUGGCUUCCGGAGAACCAAGCGACACUUGUAUCAGAUUCGUAGAAGAUAGGAUUCGGCGCGAUACUAUAUCACCAGGGCAGAACAACCUUAUUCUCAGGAAUAUGGACACCAGCAGAACAACGAUGGUCAAUAGCCGUGGGUUUUAACUCAACUUGGGCCGCCGACGAUCUAUCAUGGAUGAGCAAAUUGCUGGAAUACCACUGGGCAGUUUGGUCAUCAGACGUACUCCAGGAAAUAUCAGCAAAGCAGGACACAUCAUGGACAUGUCUCCUUUGCAGCUCCUUACCACUACAAGUGGGUCCAGACACUGGAGCUUCUUCCUUCCCAAAACAAUGCUGGGAACCACUCUCGCUCAACUGGACAAACGGCUCCAGGCUCCAGAGGGCAGUAAUCAAAGUGGCUAUCUGGAAGAGCGAAAUCCGGUGGCCAUACAACGGCCAGAACGCAUCCGAUCUGAUUAUAUUGGAAUCAGGUUCGUUUCGAGUCUAAACCCUAAACCCCGCAAGACGCGUACGGCGUACGACGUGGUAGCGCAAGAUGACGAGCCAGAGUUAAAUCAGCCUUUGAAGCCGAUCUCGUCCGGUCGUUCCAAGAAAUAGACUGUGCUACGCGUAACCCAUCGCCAGAAGUGGUAUUUAAAAACACAUUACGG